GCGAACCCCUUUUAUAUGGGCUGGCUUGGUAGUUUGGUCACCUGUCCCAAGGAUGCUAGUGCAUCCCCUUUGAGCGGGCCUUGGAAUCUGGGCUUCCUUAAUGCAACGGACGCACUUCUAUAUUCCCCUAAUAAAGAAAAGGGAGCAGAAUGGAAAAGCGAGGUGAUUGAAUAUUUUGAAAUGGAGAAGGAAGAAGACGAUGCGCCUCUCGCAGUUGAACUUGAAGAAACCGUACCAGUAAAACCCUCCUCCUCUCAUUCAAAACAACUUCAAGGCGAAGACGUUCCUGUUGGAGUCACCGUCAUCACGGGCUAUCUGGGCUCUGGCAAAUCCACUCUUGUUAAUCAUAUCUUGAAUACUCAACAUGGAAAGAGGAUCGCUGUCAUUUUGAAUGAGUUUGGUGAAGAAAUUGGAGUUGAGAGGGCAAUGAUAAAUGAAGGAGAAGAUGGUGCUCUUGUUGAAGAGUGGGUAGAACUUGCUAAUGGCUGUGUAUGCUGCACUGUUAAGCAUAGUUUAGUUCAAGCACUAGAGCAACUUGUUCAGAUGAAGGAAAGACUCGAUCAUAUAUUGCUUGAGACCACAGGGCUAGCAAAUCCUGCUCCACUAGCUUCUGUUCUUUGGCUGGAUGAGCAGUUGGAAUCAGCUGUCAAGCUUGAUUCUAUAAUAACUGUUGUGGAUGCCAAAAACCUUCAUUAUCAGCUCAACAAGCUUCAGAAUUCAUCUUCGUUUCCAGAAGCCUCUCUUCAAAUAGCAUUUGCGGAUGUUAUCAUUCUUAACAAGGUUGAUUUGGUUUCUUUGGGAGGUUCUGGAGAGGCUUUGAAGGAACUAGAAAAUGAAAUACAUAAGAUCAACUCCCUUGCUAAUAUCAUUCAUUCUGUUCGGUGUCAAGUAGACUUAUCUAAGAUAUUAAACUGCCGGGCAUAUGAUUCCAAACACUCUGGUCAUUUGGAAGUGUUAUUAGAGGAAAGCAAGUCUUUAUCUACCAGUGAUCUUCAUGAUUCCAGCUUGCGAACUUUAUGUAUCUGUGAGUCGCAGAAGGUUGAUCUUGAUAAGGUUCGCCUGUGGCUUGAGGAGAUUCUGUGGGACAAGAAAGAUGGCAUGGAUGUAUACCGCUGCAAAGGGGUUUUAAAUGUUCGGAACUCUGAUGAACUCCAUACUUUGCAGGCUGUGCGGGAGUUAUAUGACAUUGUCCCAGCUCGCAAGUGGAGAAGCGAUGAAAAUCAAAUUAACAAAAUAGUUUUUAUAGGUCAUAACCUGAAGGAGGAUGUUCUUAUUAAUUCCUUCAGAGAUUGUAUAGUAACAACUUAGCUUGUAAUGUUUAUGAACGUAUUGUUCAGUUCAACUCAAUUAAGCAUUGCUUUAGUCUUUGUGCUCC